CCCCCGGGAGUGGGCGGGACCGGGGCGGGCAGGGACCCCGGAGCGGUCUCUAGGACCCGCGGGACGCCGCUGGCGGGCGGGGUGCGGGGGAGACGCUAAUUUGUUCCGUGGUAAUGAGAACGGCGACUGCUGGCCGCGGAACCAUUGCUCAGGCCCGCCCUCAGAUCGCUGGUCCCCGGCGCCAACUCGGACAGGCUGCUCAUUUAUUGCAACGGUCAAGGGCGGCUCGUGCCAGAGUAGCGCGCGCGCGCACGCACACACACGGGGAGGGGAGAAAGUUUUUUUUUGAAAAAUGAAAGGCUAGACUCUCAGCUCCGCGGCCGGGGCGCUGCGUGAGGGGGUCGCGGCAGACUCAGGGCAGUAGGACUUCCCCCGGCUCUGCGCCCGCGUGGGAUGCUGCAGCGCUGGCUGCUGGGCCCCCGAAGCAGCUGCACGCCAGGCCGGCGACAAUGGCAGAGCGCCCGCCGAGGCGCGCGCCCCCCGCCCGCGCCCUCCUGCUGGCCCUGGCCGGGGCCCUGCUGGCGCCCCGUACGGCCCGAGGGGUGAAUUUAUGGGACCAGAGAGGAGCUUAUGAAGUGGCCAGAGCCUCCCUUCUGAGCAAGGACCCUGGGAUCCCAGGACAGAGCUUCCCAGCAAAGGAUCAUCCAGAUGUGCUGACUGUGCAGCUGCAGCUGGAGAGCCGAGAACUGAUCCUACGUCUGGAAAGGAACGAGGGACUCAUUGCCAAUGGCUUCAUGGAGACCCAUUAUCUGCAAGAUGGCACUGACGUCUCCUCCACUCGAAACUACACGGAUCACUGUUACUACCACGGACACGUGCAAGGAGAUGCGGCCUCAAUGGUCAGCCUCAGCACUUGCUCAGGUCUCAGGGGGCUUAUCGUGUUUGAAAAUAAGACCUACAUCUUAGAGCCGAUGAAGAACACCACGGACAGCUACAAACUCGUCCCAGCUGAGAACAUGGAGAACAUCCAGGGCUUGUGUGGGUCACAUCAUAACCAUUCCAGCCUCACCAUGGAAGCUGUCUCCCCUGAACCCUCUCAAAUGUGGUCAAGAAGGCCUAAAAGAGAGACCCUUAAAAUGACCAAGUACGUGGAGCUGGUGAUUGUGGCAGACAACCGAGAGUUUCAGAGGCAAGGAAAAGAUCUGGAGAAAGUCAAGCAGCGGUUAAUAGAAAUCGCUAAUCACGUUGACAAGUUUUACAGACCCCUGAACAUCCGGAUCGUGCUGGUAGGGGUGGAAGUGUGGAACGACAUCGACAAAUGCUCUAUCAGCCAGGACCCAUUCACCAGUCUCCACGAAUUUCUGGACUGGAGGAAGAUAAAGCUUCUACCUCGCAAAUCUCACGACAACGCCCAGCUUAUCAGUGGGGUUUACUUCCAAGGAACCACCAUCGGCAUGGCACCCAUCAUGAGCAUGUGCACCGCAGAGCAGUCUGGGGGAGUCGUCAUGGACCAUUCAGACAGCCCCCUUGGCGCUGCCGUGACCUUGGCACAUGAGCUGGGCCACAAUUUCGGAAUGAACCAUGACACCCUGGAGAGGGGCUGUAGCUGCAGAAUGGCGGCAGACAAAGGAGGCUGCAUCAUGAACCCUUCCACCGGGUUCCCGUUCCCUAUGGUGUUCAGCAGCUGUAGCAGGAAGGACCUGGAGACUAGCCUGGAGAAGGGAAUGGGGAUGUGCCUCUUCAACCUGCCAGAGGUCAAGCAGGCCUUUGGGGGCCGGAAGUGUGGAAAUGGCUACGUGGAAGAGGGAGAAGAGUGUGACUGCGGGGAACCAGAGGAAUGUACCAAUCGCUGCUGUAACGCCAGCACCUGCACUCUGAAGCCGGAUGCUGUGUGCGCGCAUGGGCAGUGCUGCGAGGACUGCCAGCUGAAGCCUCCAGGGACUGCAUGCAGACCCUCCAGCAAUUCCUGUGACCUCCCAGAAUUCUGUACAGGGACUGCCCCGCACUGCCCAGCCAACGUGUACCUUCAUGAUGGGCACCCGUGUCAGGGAGUGGAUGGUUACUGCUACAACGGCAUCUGCCAGACCCACGAGCAACAGUGUGUCACACUCUGGGGACCAGGUGCUAAACCAGCCCCUGGCAUCUGCUUCGAGAGAGUGAACUCCGCAGGGGAUCCUUAUGGCAACUGUGGCAAAGACUCCAAGAGCGCCUUCGUCAAAUGCGAGAUGAGAGAUGCCAAGUGUGGAAAAAUCCAGUGUCAAGGUGGCGCCAGUCGACCAGUCAUUGGUACCAAUGCCGUUUCCAUAGAAACAAAUAUCCCACAGCAGGAAGGAGGUCGGAUUCUGUGCCGGGGGACCCAUGUGUACUUGGGCGAUGACAUGCCAGACCCAGGGCUUGUGCUUUCAGGAACAAAGUGUGCAGAAGGAAAAAUCUGCCUCAAUCGUCGAUGUCAGAAUGUCAGCAUCUUCGGGGUUCACAAGUGUGCCAUGCAGUGCCAUGGCCGAGGGGUGUGUAACAACAGGAAGAACUGCCACUGUGAGGCCCACUGGGCCCCUCCUUUCUGUGACAAGUUUGGUUUUGGAGGAAGCACAGAUAGUGGACCCAUCCGGCAGGCAGAUAACCAGGGCUUGACUGUAGGGAUCCUGGUGAGCAUCCUGUGUCUGCUGGCCGCUGGAUGUGUGGUGUAUCUCAAAAGGAAGACCUUGAUGCGGCUGCUGUUCACACAUAAAAAAACCACCAUAGAAAAGCUGAGGUGUGUACACCCUUCUCGGACACCCAGUAGUUCUCACCUUGGCCAGGCUCACCCCACCCUCGGAAAAGGCCUGCUGAUGAACCGGCCACCACAUCCCAACACCCCCAAGGACAGGCCGUCACUGCAAAGCCAGAAGAUUGACAUCAGCAGGCCCCUCAACACUCGAGCCGUCCCUCAUCCCCAGUCACCUCGGCGAGUGCUCCCACCUCUCCACCAGUCCCCACGCGCACCUAGCGGCCCUGCCAGGCCCCUGCCUGCCCAUCCUGCACUCAGGCAGGCCCAGGGUACCCACAAACCCAGCCCUCCUCAGAAGCCUCUGCCUGCUGAUCCAUUGAGCAGGGCAUCUCGGCUCACUAGUGCCUUGGUGAGGACCCCAGGGCAGCAAGAGCCUGGGUUCGGCUCAGCCCCAAACAGACCUGCUCCUAAGCACCAAGUGCCCCGAUCUUCCCACAAUGCCUACAUCAAGUGACAAGCAAGCCCAGACUGGUCCUCAACAGUGAAGACAGAAGUUUGCACUAUCUUCAACUCCGUUGGAGUGAUUUCUUUUUAUACCAACUUUCAAGAAUUUUCAAAGUGUUUAAAACGCCAUUGUUUCCGGAACUUAGAGCUACUGCCGUCGGUGCUGUGCUGUGGUGCUUUGUGUCCUUGCUCAGGUACUUGUAAGUUAUUAAUUUAUGCAAAGUGUCUAUUACUGCGCAGGGCGCCGUAGCAGGCAUUUGUGCCAUCGCGGGGUUUUCUACAGAAGGCUCCUUGUGCUUUCGUUCUUCUGGCGGACUUGAAUGAUCCUGCCUGAUGGGAUCCAAGACGAGAUGUUUACUUCCUGUUUGAGGCCUUAUUGGAAAACAGCUCCCCAAGGCUGUGUUACAGUACCAGACACACAGCUCAGGAUACCCCAAGUGGAACCUGGAAUGAUUUUUUUUUUCAUUUUUUUUGGAAUCCCUAUCUUGGACUACAGCCAGGGCCUUAAGGAAGGUCUUGGGCCCUACAUACUGACAGGGCUUCAGACUCUGCAGCUCUGCACCCUGAAGAUCUUAGAGAAAACCUAGAGUACUAGCAAGAAGGCUGAGGUGUGGCCACACCAGGAUAGAGACUGGAACCCUAGUCCAGGCAGACAGUUGACUUUGAGCUGAGAGGCCAUGAACACCUUUGGAGAAAAAAGAAGUCUGUGAUGCCGCCCAAGGCUCUGCUCCCAGAGCCAGCAGGAGCUUCUCUCUGGCUGCCCUUGUGCACAGUGCUGGCAUGCAUGGGCAUGUUGUUUACAUUGGGAACAGUGGUGUUUCUGCGAGAAAGCCACUGCCCAGGCACUGCAGACCUCUGUCUCCUGCCCCAUUUUGAGCUAAGCAAACUGCCACAUUGUCUUCUUGACUGUAAUACAAUGACCCUGUGUUCUGACAGAUAGAAGCAGCUUUCUAUGGGACCAUAAAUAUUUUCAGAUGUGAGCCGGUAACCAGAUCUAGUCGAUCAACCCUGGAGAUAAAAAUCUCCUUUUUUACUGCAAGGCUCGACUUAUUAAAAAUUAGGCAGAAUCCAUAUGCUUGCAAAAGUUAUAACCACAUGGAAUGUUAUUCUCAUCGUACAGCCAUGUCUGCUAUCCUUAGUAGUCGCGGGACAAAGAACCCAAAGUCACCCAUCUCUUCUCUUGAGGGCAUCCUGUUUUCUGCAGCAUAGCAUCUCAGUCGUGCCCACACUGGGAACGUACCUGUUGUUAACUCAUCCUAGGAUGACAGAGACAUCAGUUCCCCAAGGCGAAGGCUCACGAAAGGCAGACCCCUCCAUCUUUCACUCUUUCAUGCCUGGCUGGAAAGCCACCUUCAGGAGCAGAUCUUUAAGAUGCCUCAAGCUAAUGCUAUGAAAGAUAGUUUUAAAAAUGCAAGGCAAAUGGCAGAGGCAUCACUGUGUCCUGGCGAGGUGUGGGAUGGCCAGCUUUCACAGUAGAAGGUAAUUGACAUUGGUUCUGUAGCAUCUGAGUAUUUUAGGAUCAGGUAGUAUCAAUGGUUGCCCUAUGUCUUGAAGCCGAAGGGGAAAUACAGACUUAGACUUUGUUUUGCUCUCCAGAAUUCAAAGUGUAUUCAGCCUUGGGAAACACAUGGUCUUGAAGACAGUGGGUAAAUAAAUCCACAUCAGAGAUGCACAAAAGAACUCUCAUAGGCUGUCUCGUUUCCUGGCACAGUGACAGUUUCGCUGCUGCCGGGACACAUGCAGAAUUUUUGCAACUGAUGUGAGGUUGGGUCGUUGUAUUAAGUUCAAACUUACACAACUGGAAAAGUUCCAGAGCUGUGUGAGCAUGGUCACACUUAAAGGUUUAGUUGGAACAGGUGAUGAGCCCACCCUUUGGGUGGAGUGAGAGGGAAGCUACAAACCCAUAUUUCUUCUGUCAUUUCUGUACUUUGGUUUUGGAGUACCAGGGAGAGUUUGAUUUAAAGGACGUUGGAACUGCGCUCUUUGCCAUCUCCCCAGAGGCUACCAAGGGUGCCGAUGGUCCCCUCACAGCUGAGCGGUGCUGGCUGCUUGUUUUCCAGAGCCAUGCAUCUGUUUCGGAAUAAGAACAUAGUUAAUCCUGAUAUUCCCUUACAGGAUAGACAGUAUUAUUAAAAGAAUACCUCUAAGAUAUAGUAAUCAAAUAAAGCAUAUUUAGCAAUAACCCCAAUUUUAACAAAAUUAGGAACCAAUAACCAGCAUGGGGGUUUAUUGAGAGGAUAGUUUGUCUCUCCCUUUCUAUAGCUUUUAAGUGACAGAGACCAAAAUGAAUACUCGCAGUUCAAUUGCAGUCUAUCUUACGUUUAAACACACUGUACACAUGAUUAGUCGGCUGAGGUUUCUGAGACUAUCCCUGAGAAAGUCCAGCAGAGUGGUCCAGUGCCCAGACAUGAGGCAAGUGCCCAGACAUAGGCAUGGCUGGAUGUCCUCAAGGUGAUGUGACCCCGCUUUAGGGAGGAGGUGAACCUUGCCGGCAUUCCACUUAAGAGCUGGUCUCCUACAGUAUUCCCAAGUCUGAUUUUCCAGUACGUGGGAUCAGAUGGAGAGCAACAAUGCAUUUUUUCCAUUUCAAAAUAUGCAUGCCGAGUUUGCGCUGUGUGAGCGUUUCCAGCUCACACAUGUGGGAUGACAUCACAGAAACCACACAAGCAACAAAUUAAACUCUACGGGAAGAAAUACUCCUGACUGGUCUCUGAGGAGACGUUUUUAUGCCUUCGUAACUUUAUUAGGAAUUCUCAGGCUGAAGCUAUGGGUCAUUGUUCUCCAACAAAUCAAUACAACCCAUCAAUGCAUUCCCUAGGAACUGCCAAAGCCUAGGCUGUGUCUGAAUGUUCUUAGGAGCCUGUGAUCCCCAUGGUGCUACAAAGAGGCUGGAGCUGGGCCAAUGAGGAGGCCUGAGCAUCCUCCUGCCUCUCUGCAGAUGUUUACUGAGCACUCUGAGCCAGCGCCACCCUGACAACUGGGAGGACAAUGGCUGGGCAGCAGGGCGCCUGGCCACUUGCAGCUCUUUCCUCUGAGGCUUGCUUCAUGUUUUAAUUCUCUUAGAUCAGGCCCUAGCCCAGGGACACUUAGUCUACAGAUCCUCCCCCACUGUUCUCAGAUGCCCUCAGUCAUACACAAAUGACCGAGACCGAGACUAAGAGACACCAACAGUCACAGAAGCCCCCCCCCCCAAAACCAAGAGCUGGGUGUUUUGAGCAGUAUGGCAAAGUGGGUAAGGAUACUGAGAGGCCAUUUAUUCUCUCGUCCACUUCUAGUUCCGCCACACAGCUCAGCAGUGGCUCCAUCAUACAAAGUACACAGGAAAACACAGGCACUAACUUGUCUUCCUCUCUUGCCAAUCACAAGUGCCUUACUCUGGCCAGACCCCAUGCCAAAGCCUCCCUCAUCCGAGAGAGCCAAGGUUCUACCUUUGUCACCACUUCAAGCCAAAGUGGCAAUGUGUGGCUACCUUUCAAGGUUCACCUACUAGACAGUCCAGUCCAGCCUUCUCCAGGGCCAUAGCACAGAGCCGCGCCCCCCUCCCAGCAUGCACCAGCCUUGAAUCUAUCCCACUGCGUAUCAACCACAGUGACCUCCCUCCUAAUGCCUUGCUCUAAUUAGAAGGUAGAGUUGGCCAUAGAAAAUCAAGUUAGCACUGACUGCAAAAUGCUGUUGCUGCAACUUGAAUUUCCCACUGGCAUCUCUUGCUUUUCAACUUUAAUGAAGUAAGUAAAUCUCCCAAGUCUGUGAGCCCCAUUCUCAGGACCACUGGGCAGUGGGGACCCUUGCAGGAGACAUUUGUGCAGACAAUGAACGGACCAUUUCUGUGCCUUUUGUGGGGAACAACAUACAAGCAUACAUCUUCUCUCUCUCUCUCUCUCUCUCUCUCUCUCUCUCUCUCUCUCUCUCUCACGCAUGCACUUACAUUAGGGAAAUGGCAAUUUAUUAUCAAACUAUUGCAAGCUUUUCUCAUAUGAGAGAAACUAGGAAAAGCAGCCCAGCAUUGUGAAAUUGUUGGGAUGCUCAAUAAUGGGUAGAGGUUGGUGGGAGGCCUAAUACUCAGCAACUGGAAAGUGAUUUGGCCCCUGCAAGUUGAGAGCCCAGCCACCCGCCUGCCUUUCUAUACCUUCAAAGAUCAUGUUCUGUGUUAUCUGUAGUUCUCCAAGAAAGUAACAUUUUAGUUCUCAAUUUAGCACAUUUAAAUUGAGACAGAUUCAGCAUCACGUGACUUCCUUACAAACAAGUCAAACGGUGGGUUAUCUUCCUUGGCCUGUAUGUUGGUACUUCCUAAGGCAGUGACUGGAAAACACACACACAAACACACACACAAAUUUCAUGAGACUCCAAGGCAGAACUCUUGGAACUAACAGUCCUCCUAGCAGGGCAACUUGGUAAUGGUUGGAAAGCCAGCCAUCGGAAUACGGCAACAACCAACGUAACUGACCAACCACAAGCUGCUUAGCUCCUUUCUGAUUAAUCGUACAUCUCGGGUAACCCGCACAGUCGUUCUGCAGGGCUUCAUCCAUUGAUAGCGCUUUGAUAAACUCAUGUUUUCACCUUUGUAUGUUACAUGCGGUUAUUUUUGUACGCAUUUCUCAUAUGGGGGAAUCUACAAGUAAAUACAGCCUACUAGUUCAGUAGAAAAUGUCAUUGUUAAGAAUAUUAUACCCAAUAAACAGUAAACAGAUAAACAUUGCGUGUCUCAUUUGCUAUCGAGAACCUUAUGUAGAAAAACAGAGCUCUGUUUUCAUUCAUUUACAAAUGUAAGGGCAUCUGGGAGCACUGUGCAAGCAACUGAGAACUGUUGAAAGGUGAAGGUGCACAUGCUGCCAGUCCUGGGAAGAAAGAAGAGAACGCCUGUCAAAG